GGAAAACAAACAAAAAAGAUGAAUGGUCAGACAAAGAAAUUGAGGUCAACCUUUCAGGCGGAGAUUCCGAACCUACUCCAGUUGCAAUAAAGAAAUCGCUAAAGAAAAGUAAGAAGAAAAAACAGGAUUUUGAUGAAGAAUCUGAGGAUGAUACUCCAGUCCCUCUCAAAAGAGGUGGUAAAAUGAAAGGUACAAAUGAAGAAAGUGACGAUGAUAAAUCCCAAAAACUUGACACUGGUGACGAAUCGGAUGAAGCUUCAAAACCGGUGAAAAAAAGUAACAAGGGGAAACAGAAACAUAUCGAAAAUGAAUCUGAUGAUGAUAUACCAAAGCCUGUAAAGAAAGGGGGUAAGAAAAAGGCAUCCAAGAAGGAAAGGGACGAUGAUUCUGAUGAGGAAGUUCCACUUCCUGUGAAGAAAGGAUCUAAAAAGAAAAAUCAAAUUCAAGUCGAUGAAGAGGAGGACCUUGAUGAAAAUGAAGUUGGGUUAAGAGAAAAUGGUUUUCAAUCACAGGCUCAGAAUCAUCAGGUUGCAGAGGAUAAUGUCCAAAUUGAUGAAAAAUCAGAUAGAAAAGAAGUUAAGGAAGAAGACUUCAUUGAGGAAUUGAAAAAAAAUGAAGAUGUUAUUCAAGAAAAUAAUGAUUUGGAAGAUGAACCAAGUUAUAUAGGAAAGAAAAAAAAGAAAAGCAAAAAGAAAGUGGAGGAAAAAAAAGAAAUGAAAAAUGAAAGUGCAAUCCAAAUUACAGAGAACAAGCCUGUGUCUUCAGAAGAGAAACGGGAGAUUUCACCAGUUGAACGUCAAAUAGAAACUGUGACUGAGGAAAUAACUGAAAAACUUUCCUCCACACACAUUGGGGAAGAAAAAUUGUUAGAUGAUAUGAAAGAGAAAAAAUUAACGCACAAGGAAAAGAAGAAAAUGAAGAAACAGCAGGAGUAUGAGAAACAAAUGGAAACAAUGUUGAAAAAAGGUGGACAAGGACAUUCGGAGUUGGAUAGUAACUUCACGGUAUCCCAAGCACAGAAGACAGCAGGGCAGAAGGCUGCUUUAGAAAAUGCUGUUGAUAUCAAGAUUGAAAAUUUCAGCAUUUCAGCUAAAGGAAAUGAUCUGUUCGUCAAUGCCAAUCUGUUGAUUGCCCAAGGUCGACAUUAUGGUUUAGUGGGACCAAAUGGACAUGGUAAAACCACCCUCCUACGUCACAUUGCCCAAAAAGCUUUUGCCAUUCCUCCGAAUAUCGAUAUACUCUAUUGCGAGCAAGAAGUUGUUGCUGAUGAUAACUCUGCUGUCAACACUGUUUUGGCGGCCGAUGUCAAGAGAACGGAACUUUUAGCAGAGUGCAAGAAACUGGAAGAAGCAGCAGCUGGUGGGGAUUUGGAGGUGCAGGAGAAACUGAAUGAGGUGUAUGCUGAGCUGAAGGCAAUUGGAGCCGAUUCAGCCGAACCGAGAGCUAGGAGAAUAUUAGCUGGUUUGGGAUUCGAUAAAGAAAUGCAGGUUUCUUUUGAUUCUACAUACGCCAUGUGCUAA